CCGUUUAAAAUGAUAGGAUUGGGGAAAAGGUGGAUCUUGCUUCUUGCACACACGAAGUUGUAAAACCCUAAUCCCAUUCCUCUUUCAGGUUUCAUCUUCUCUGAUAAGUCUAUACUCCUCCUAAAAACCCAUACCUCUAUUUUUCUGACAACACCAAAUCUCAGAGAAAAGGAAUAACAAAAUGAUCCAAUUACUUUUUACUCUGAUAUUCAUGGAGAUUGCAAUAACUGUGAUGUUCGUGUUCAAAACGCCAUUUAGGAAGCUGGUGAUAAUGGGCCUGGACAGGGUCAAGAGGGGACGCGGUCCGAUUGUGGUCAAGACUGUGGCGGGGACUAUUUUUGUAGUGAUGAUGUCCAGCGGGUACAAUGUGGCGGCGAUCCAUAGGCGUUGGAUUGAUGAUGGUGACAUCAACUCUACUGACCAGAUUCUUCUUGCUAAGCAUCUUCUUGAAGCUUCUCUCAUGGGAUUUUCUUUGUUCCUGGCAUUUAUGAUUGAUAGAUUACAUCAUUAUAUCCGAGAACUUCGCAUAAGAAGGAAGAGCAUGGAAGCUGUAAAGAAACAGAACCAAGCUUUUGAGAAUGGAAAAACUCCAGGUUCAGACGAAAUCAAAGCUUUGGAACAAAAGAAGACUGCAUUGCAUGAAAAGAUUAUGCAAUUGGAGUCAAAGCUCGAGGAAAAGAUUAAAGAGGCAAACAGUGCAGAAGCCAAUGCUACAGCUUUAAAGAAACAAUCAGAAGGAUUUCUUCUUGAAUAUGAUCGUUUGCUCGAGGAAAAUCAGAACCUUCGAAGCCAGUUGCAAUCUCUAGAUCGAAAAUGGUCUCAUUCCAAUAGCAAAAAGGUUAUUUAAAGAAACAUGUCUGUGUUUUUGUUGAUCUUUUCUAAAUUUUGAGUGUCUUGCAGUUGAUGUUUUCACAGCAUGGUAUAUUGUGGUUGUAACUCGGCUCUUCAAUGGAAAAAAACGUAGAAAGAGAAAAAAAAAA